AUUUGAAAAAUGGACAUUGAAGAAAGGCAGGCGGAGCACAUAGACUAUUUUGUGAAGAAGGCUUCGACUCUGAAGGGCUCGGCACUAGCAAACGUCGUCGUUGAGGCCACCUCGCACCCCUCCCUUUUUGCUUUCUCCGAGAUUCUCUCAGUUCCCAGUGUUCUCGAGCUUGAAGGAACUGAGAAUAGUGCCUUCAUUGAUUUGCUUCGCAUGUUUGCACACGGUACCUGGAGCGAAUAUAAGCAUGCUGCUGGCCAUCUUCCACAAUUGGUUCCUGAUCAAGUUCUCAAGCUGAAGCAGCUGACUGUGCUUACUCUGGCUGAGACAGACAAGGUAUUGCCAUACGAUACAUUGAUGCAGGAGUUGGAUGUUUCAAAUGUUCGUGAGCUGGAGGAUUUUGUCAUCAAUGAUUGUAUGUAUGUGGGGAUAGUUAGAGGAAAGCUGGAUCAGUUGCGAAGAUGCUUUAAGGUGCAAUUUGCAGCUGGGAGGGAUAUCCGACCCGGACAGUUAGGCAGCAUGACUGACAUUCUGGCAAACUGGCUGACUACAUCAGACAACCUUCUUGUCUCAAUUAAAGAAAAGAUCAAUUGGGCAGACACGAUGGGUGAGAUGGACAAGAAGCACAGGAAGGAGACAGAGGAGAGGGUAGAAGAAGUGAAGAAGAUACUAUCUAUGAAGAAGUUACAAACUGUGAGCAGGCAGCCAUUGACUCCCGAGGGCAUGAAGAGAACUUUUCUGAACUUGGUGGAGUAAUGGACCAUGACAAUGAUCGUAACCGGCCAAAGAGGAGACGACAUCCCAUAGGUUGAGGAGAUAGAACUGAGAGAGGGGCACUAGGCAACUCACCAUUUUGCAUUCAGGUCCGCUCGUGGAGAUGCGGUGAUCCCCGUGCCAUUCUUUCUCAGCUCGCUUUUAGACGGAGCCAUUGUUAUUUUCUAUUAGCCUAUUGCAACAUCUCUCAUUGUGUAGAACAGUUGCUGUCAUAAACUUAUGUGUGGAUAUCUUUUAUUCAAUUAAUUCAUUUCUUAUAGCGACCUAA